AUGGGUAUGAUGAGGCUGAAGCUUGCCGGCCUUGCCGCCACUCUUCUUGUCACCCUGACUCAGGCUGGGAACGGCGGAGACAGCGGUUGGGGGUCGAGCUCCUGUGCUACCGUCUACUCUACUGCUCCAACGACUAUCGUGGAUGUUACCACUGAAACAGAUAUCGAAUCCACCACCAUUGUUAGCCCGACUACUAUUGUUGAAACAACUACCGUGAUUCGGCCAACAACUAUUGUGGUUCCGACAACACUAGUGAGCUUGAGUACCGCCGUGAGCAUUGAAUCGAGCACUAUCACAGACACGGUACCCACCACCAUCAUCAGCGUGAGCGCCACAACAGAUACGAUCUCGACUUACCCAGGUCUCGUCACGUGUACUUCGAGGAUCAUCAACCCCACUUAUACUCCCAAAUCUCCUUUACCCACCAACUACCUUUGGGGAUGUGCGCCUGGCACUAUCUGUACUCCUCCACAGAUCGGCUGUAACUGGGAACAAAACCCCCCUGCUGAUACAUAUGUCUGCGCCCCGGAAGAAUGCAAGCCCGUUCCAGAGCUCUUCUUGCCGGCGAACCUGAGCUCACUCUGGCCGAACAGGAUUGACACCACGUGCGCUUGGGAUGAACCAGCCGAAGGCUACUUCCACCUCAACCCACAGCAUUUUAAUCUCACCUUCGCCAUCUUCGAUGUCCUCGGUCAGCCCCUUUGCCCGGCUCCGACUACGACAACUACUUGGGCUGACUGGACCUCUUCUCCACCUAAGCCGACAUCUACAUGGGCUCCCAAGAUGCCGCGACGUGGACUAAUGGCAAACCCGCUCGCUGAGAUUGUGAGUCGACAGACGCUCCUCAACCCACCAGCGCAGUGCUACCGCAUCUUUGAUGCUGCAAACACAAUUGGCCAAAACGUAGGCCUGAACUAUCCGGAGCUCUGUCCCUCUACCACACAAUUCCAGCAAGCCAUCGGCCAGUGUCAGACCUGCUCGCGAGAGAAUGCUGGCGGUGCAACAGGCGCCCAAACAUUCCCAGAGCUUCAGAUGUACUUCACCUGGUGCAACACUCAUACUUCGUGA